AUGCUGGACCUCGCCGUCCUCCACCUCCCGUCGGCGUUCCCGCUCUGGCGCGCCAUUCCCGACCGCCCCGCGCCCUGGUCCGCGGCCGCCUCCCUCUCCUUCGAUGGCGGCCUCGUCCUCACCGACCACGCGGUCAACAAGGUGCUCUGGUCCACCGCCGCCGCCUCUGCCUCGGCCGGCGACCGCGUCCUCCUCCUCAACACGUCCAACCUCCAAAUCCAAAGCGCUAGCGGCAGCUCAGCGGAUGUGGUGUGGCAGAGCUUCGACUACCCGUCGGAGACCAUCGUCCAGGGCCAGAACUUCACCUCCGCGGCGGCGCUCUACACCUUCGACCGGCGCUUCGCCAUGCGGCUGGGGAGCAACUACUUCGGUCUGUACAUCGAGCCGCCGCCGCCGUCGUCGAGCGGCGUCGCCGCCGCCAUGUACUUCAAGCACACGGCGCUGGAGGCCAAGGCCCAGAUCGUGGCCGGCGGCGGGCCGACGUACGCGCGCGUGGAGCCCGACGGCUUCCUCGCCAUGUACCAGAAGGAGGGCCCGCCCGCCGACGUGCUCUCAUUCGACACCUUCAACCGCGGCGUCCGCGCGUUCCGCCGCAUGACCCUGGAGCCCGACGGCAACCUCCGCGCCUACUACUGGGACGGCACCCGGUGGGCCCUCGACUACACCGCCAUCACCGAGCCGUGCGAGCUGCCCACCACCUGCGGCGCCUACAGCGUCUGUAGGGCGCAGCCAAGCGGCCGGUGCGAGUGCCUGGCCAACGCGACCGACGGUUCGGGAUGCGCCACGGCCGCCGCCCCGGCGGCCUCCGUCGGGGGCAGCCUGUGCGGCACCACGGGUGGGGAGGUCGGCGGGCUGUACCGGGCGGUGCGGCGGCAGGGCGUGGAGCCGGUGAACAAGGAGCUGCUGGGGUUCGAGCGCGCGGCGUCGGCGGCGGACUGCGAGGCGCGGUGCGAGCGCAACUGCAGCUGCUGGGGCGCGGUGUACAGCAACGGGACAGGGUACUGCUACCUCAUGGACUACCCGGCGCAGCUGCUGGUGGAGGGCGACGAGAGGAAGGUGGGUUACUUCAAGGUCAGGAGCCUGGAGGACGAGGCAGCCGCGCGCGGGCGGAGCGGCGCGAGCAGGGUCAAGGCGGUGCUGCUCGCCGUCGGCGUCGCCGCGGUGGUUGGCGCGGCUGCGUUCGGGGCGUACAAGGUGUGGGACAGCAGGCGGCGGACCGCCGUGGAUGCGAGGCGGCAGAUGGGCGACGUCGACGACGGUCUCUCGCCGGGGCCAUACAAGAACCUGGGGUCCUUCAGCUCCGUCGAGCUCACCAACUCCUUCCGGAGGUAG